AUGACUGGUAGCACUGCUAUUGACGAAGCGAAAUCCGGGCUGACCCAAAAACUGCAGGAUCGCGAGGCUGAGCCUCGCUUCAUCGGCGCCACAGCUAACCGCGGCGGUUUUGGCGGAGGCGGUAUGAACCCUGGCGGUUUCGGCGGUGGCGGUGGCGGUGGCGGUGGCGGCUACAACGCUGGUGGCAGCCGACAGAUUUACGUGGCCAACCUCCCCUACACUGUUGGCUGGCAAGACCUCAAGGAUCUCUUCAGACAAGCUGCUCGUAACGGAGUUGUCAUUCGUGCCGAUGUUCAUCUUGGGCCUGAUGGCCGUCCAAAGGGAUCAGGGAUAGUAGUAUUCGAGAACCCUGACGAUGCCCGUACUGCUAUCCAGCAGUUCAAUGGCUAUGACUGGCAGGGUCGUCUUCUCGAAGUUCGUGAGGACAGGUUCGCCGGUGCGGGUGGCCCCAUGGGUUUUGGCGGUCGUGGCGGUUUCGGCGGUAUGCGCGGCGGUUUCGGUGGUGCUUACGGCCGCGGUGGAUUCGGUGGUCGUGGCGGCUUCGGCGGUGGCGGCGGCGGCGGCGGCUAUGGCCGUGGCGGCUUCUCAGGAGGAGGCGGUGGUGGUGGAGGGGGCUUCGAUGCCGGCAACGCAACUUCCGUCCCUCCCAACCCAUUUACCGACUUCGCUACUGCCGGAACCGAUCGCGGCGAGACGAUCUAUGUCCGCAACUUGCCUUGGUCCACCAGCAACGAGGAUCUCGUAGAGCUAUUCACUACUAUCGGAAAGGUUGAACAGGCCGAGAUCCAGUACGAGCCCAGCGGGCGCUCGCGUGGUACUGGCGUUGUGCGGUUUGACUCUGCAGACACUGCAGAAACCGCGAUUGCCAAAUUCCAGGGUUAUCAGUACGGUGGCCGUCCUUUGGGCCUGAGCUUCGUCCGCUACCUCAAUGCGGCUGGUGGCGGAGAUAGCAUGGAGACUGACGCGCAUGCUGGGUUGACGCAAGACCAAAUCAUGUAA